AUGGUUCGUCCGCUAAACUGCAUCGUCGCUGUGUCCCAGAACAUGGGCAUCGGCAAGAACGGGGACCUGCCCUGGCCCCCGCUCAGGAAUGAAUACAGGUAUUUCCAAAGAAUGACCACAACCUCUUCAGUAGAAGGUAAACAGAAUUUGGUGAUUAUGGGUAGGAAAACCUGGUUCUCCAUUCCAGAGAAGAAUCGACCUUUAAAGGACAGAAUUAAUAUAGUUCUCAGUAGAGAACUCAAGGAACCUCCACAGGGAGCUCAUUUUCUUGCCAAAAGUCUGGAUGGUGCCUUAAAACUUAUUGAGCAACCAGAAUUAACAAAUAUAGUGGACAUGGUCUGGAUAGUGGGAGGCAGUUCUGUUUAUAAGGAAGCCAUGAACAAGCCAGGCCAUCUUAGACUAUUUGUGACAAGGAUCAUGCAGGAAUUUGAAAGUGACACAUUUUUUCCAGAAAUUGAUUUGGAAAAAUAUAAACUUAUCCCAGAAUAUCCAGGUGUUCCUUCUGAUGUCCAGGAGGAGAAAGGCAUUAAGUACAAAUUUGAAGUAUAUGAAAAGAACAAUUAAUGUGAAAGUGUUUUCUGAUCUAUUUCAAGCCUCCUCCUCCCCCAGCAAAAUUACGUAUUUUUUGUUGUAGAGACUUUUGUUGACUUUAGAUCUAUGGAUAAUUAUUUCUAAGCAAAGUACUUUUAUUCCCCAUUAAUCUUAACUAGACUGUAUCAGAUA